AUCCGUCAUCCGUCACAUCCGAGGAUGUCGCCACACUUAAAGGCGAUGGCCUUCACUUCCUUCAUCUAUACGUCCUUAUUCACAAACGAUGAUGCAGAACAUCGAUAAUAUGUCAUUCUGGGGAUCGCACUCCACUUUACUGUCCCUCUAUCAUUUCCUUUGGCAACAACAAAACCAGUCUGUUGUGAAGCGAGGGUUGAAAUGUUAUGCUAUAGAUUCGGAGGGAUCCAAUGGGGUGUACCCACUCACCUUCGACGCUAUUGAUCUAUCUGGAUGCCCUGGUGCCGAGUUACCAAACGGAGCAACUUCCAUGCUCAUCCGUUCAGAGUAUGAAUCACUCUUUGAAAACAUCUCCGGAAUCGAGCGCAAUUUCGUAGUGCAUGGAUCAGCAGGCAUUGGAAAGACACAUUUCUUAGCAUAUCUCCUCGUCAAACGACUUCUUGCUCGUCAACCGGUGACGUAUCAAAUUGACCAACUACACUCAUCCGUCAUGUGCUUCACCGCGGACGGGUUCUUCACCCUCCCGCAGGAGAGCAGCGAGUAUCACCCACUGUUCCAACGCGAAGACGUGUGGCACCUUGUCGACAGCACACAUGAAGAUCCCACCACGCACCCAAACACUGCACACACUCAGGCGUUGAUGUGGGGCACGUGCGGCAAGGCCAUCUUCACCACGUUUUGGCCGGACAGUCUGGGCUUCAAAAUUGACUGGUCACCUGGGUAUGAAGUUUCUCUUCAACGGUGGAUGAAACCAUGUACUUGGGACGAGAUCGUUGCGAUGAGGUAAAAUAUCAUGUUAGUGUUCUUCAUAACGACUGACC